UGUUUAUCUUUCAAAAAUUGUGUUUGUCAUACAUGUGUUUGUAUUGGUUUUGAAUAAGAGAGUCACUUUAAUAAAAUUCUAAUGCGUGUGUAGCACAAAUCAUGAUACUCUUGUAUUUGGAUAGAUCAUUGAAAAUCAAUGGAAAUUGUUCACGCAUGUGGUUACAAAUUACUAUUGUUUUCUCGGCUAAGAAAUAAAGUAAAUCGUGUCUUGAAGAUGAAAGUGAUCUGAAGUGGGUCUAGAAUCGUUUACAGAGUGAAAACAGCUUUGUCAGCCACGGGAGCGUCACGAAAUUGUGCUCUGAUGUGUUCUUUUAUUCGCGUCGCAACAUUAUUUAGAUUUACUCCAUUACAGUGAGAGUGAUCAGUAUAGUUGUUAGCCGUUAGCGUCAAGUAUUACAAAACAUUGUUUUAUAAAUAAUAAUAACUAUGACAUAUUUUAUAUGACUGUAAAUACAAACAAAAUGAAGAAUCAGAAAUAAUGUUGCUAUGCUGGAUGUUGAUAUAUUUCAUAAAAGAAUUCGGUAAAGUCCAGUCGAAAAGCGGAAGUGAGGCGGCGGCCUGUCCGACCAAGCUGGUGUUGACGGCCCUCCGGACGCCCCAAUACCUCACAUCCCCGAACUACCCCGCCCACUAUGGCCUUCUGCAGAGGCGCCUGGCGUGUUCGUGGGUGCUGCAGGCUUCCACAGAGUACACGGAUGUUGUGAUCGAGUUGCAGGUACUCAACUCAUCGCUGGAGUACUCAUACGCAUGUGUUCGGGAUUGCGUUAGCGUCCUCGAUGGCAAUCAGGACUUCCAUCGCCCUCUGAGCACAUGGUGUGGUACCACGUGGCCAAAGGCUACCAUCACGACGACAGGCGACAGCGCCUUUGUCUCUUUCUCCACCAAUUACGUAAAGAACAACUACGCGGGAUUCAUCCUAGCGUACUGGGUUGUCAAGAAACCGGUGUUCCUUGUGACUCCUCAUCAGUGGGGCCCGUCCAACUACGUGCUUAUGUUCAUAGGGCUAGUGCUGCUGAUCGGAGGCCCGUCAUGGGUGUUUACGCUUUACUUUGUGCGGGAGCUCCGCCCACAAAAACAGCACAUACGGCAACCGGAAAAGAUUAAAUAGCUCCACUUUGACACUUGUAAAGGUCUUUCAACUGCGAUGUGAACAAUUUGUGCAGGAAACAUUUUGUCGUUAAAUUUGUUGAACCGUUUUACAUACAAAGUGAAUACUUUUUACUUAAAACUUAAAAAUGUGAACACUUCAGCUAUCACUAAAUGCGAGGAAGACAAAUAGACGCAGCAUGGACACACGGAUGGUUAUUUAGUGGGGGUUGGAAUAAUAACAUACAAUGUAUUGCAGGUACGGCUCAAGGGAUUGAUGUUAGGAGGGGCGUACCUUAGGGGAACAACCUUUAAACAUACACCCCUCCCUCAGCACCGAAAUGUAAAUGGCAUAAAAUGUUUGCAUAAAAGUUUGUGGUUACUCCCAAAAGAAAACGUUAACAAUUUUCCAGUGACGAGUCUAAAAUGAGGCAUUUUUAGCGUAUUUCAUUACUUUUAUUUUCCGAUUUUGACAUAACAAGUAUACUUGGAUGAUUUUAGAUGGGUGCACGCCGGAUGCGCCGCCUCUUAAUCCGCUAGUGUAUUGUUAUUUUCAAUAACGUCUUCAUGCUCCCUGCGCUUAUAUUUGGAAUGCAUUUUUUUGCGGAAACUCUGUCCCCUGUUACUCAUACAUUGCAAAGAUGGAAUACAGUCAGUCACGGUUUGUUUCAUAACGGUGUCUGCCAUUUUCCAUUGGACGUUUUCAGACUUAUAUUUUAAAAUUUGUUAAAACGUUACAUAUCAAAGCUCAAUGCGUCAUAAAUGCGUCAUUGUUUUAUUAAGAUACACAUGAUAGUACUAAUUUAAAUUCUAAAUGUGAUAAAUACCCACAGACGAGGGCAUUUACACACGGAUGGAAAAAUAUAUCGUAACCCCGUCCUCAGUUGAUAUUGAAAUGAAAAAAAGUAAUAUUUAUCGCCAUUUCGACGCUAAAUAUUUUUGAUGAUUUGCGUUUUUGCAACUGCACCAUUUUUAAUAUUGUGCAUCGAAAGUUAUUACGACAUGUAUCCUUAAUUUGUAUAUGCUUAAUGUUGUA